GUUCUUCCAGAAGAGGAUGACUAUGGAUUUGACAUAGAAGAAAAGAAUAAAGCCAUUGUGGUAAAGUCUGUUCACCGAGGUUCACAUGCAGAGAUGGCGGGCUUGCAGGUUGGUCGAAAAAUUUAUUCCAUGAAUGAGGACCUUGUGUUCCUGCGUUCAUUUCAAGAGGUUGAGACCAUCUUAAACCAGUCUUUCUGCUCUCGGCGUCCUCUUCGUCUUCUUGUGGCCACCAAAUCUAAAGAGAUCAGAAGCAGCAGCUUUGGGGCUUCACCCAGGCCAAUGUGUCCUGAAAGUAAAUGGAAAUAACGUGAUGAGUGAAAAUUACACUGAAGUUCUGGAUCACUUUUCAUCGUAUAGGAAUAGGCAGCAAGAAUUUCUGGGUUUCUACCAAUGGGUUUACAGAACGCAUGAAGAUGCUGAAGAGGAGAGAGCUCUUCAGGCAGCUUCAAACUCAUACCUGAAUGGAAGUCAUUCAGAGAUGCUUAAAGGAAACCUCUCAAUUGAAGAAAAUUCAGAUCUUGAUCCCCUUAAUGACAGCCAGCAGGAAGAAGACUUGCCCCUUCAGACUUUUGACUCUCCUCUAAUUAUAAGAGAAGACGCUCAUCUUAUAAGUCUAACAGUGGACAAUGUCCAUCUAGAACAUGCUGUGGUUUACGAAUAUGUCAGCACUGCUGGAAUCAAAUGUUUUGUCCUGGAGAAGAUCAUUGAACCGAAGGGGUCCUUCAUCCUCACAGCAAAGAUUUUGGAGGCUUUUGCAACAGACGACAGCAACUUUGUGAAGAAUUGCAGAAGGCUCAUGUCUCUCAGCAAUGCAAUGGUCACCAUGCCACAAUAUGAGUUCCGGCACAUUUGUGACACAAAGCUAGAAAGCAUCAGCAGAAGAAUUGACAGUUAUCAAGAGUUUUCAGAUGAAUUGAAAAUGAAAGUGAGCCCAUCCUUCAAACGAGCCACAACAGAUCUUCACCCCUUGUGCAGCAUGGAUUUCUGCCCUACCAACUGCCACAUUAACCUCAUGGAAGUGUCAUACCCCAAAAACACUACCUCAACGGCAAGGUCAUUCAGCAUUCGCAUUGGACGGAAGCCUUCUAUUAUUGGCCUUGACCCAGAACAAG